AACAGUCGAUAUCAAGCGGCGGCAUCAGCCACUGGCGUCCUCCUCCUUCUCCUUGACUUUUGAUAUUUUAUAGACAACAUACGUCAACAAAAUUUCGUUUCCCCGCAGUCGUUCGUCCAUCAUUUCAUUGAAUUGAAGCAACUGCUGUCGCUGCAUACCGUCGCCGAGUCUCAAACUGCGCAGUUGCAGCAGAAAAUUACUGGCCACUAUUUCUGUGUUCUCUGAGUGAAUUUCCCCAUCACCUAUUGCGCUCAUUAUUUUCUUCUGGUUAGUAAAAUGACGAGGGGUAAUAGACCUCAGAAUGGUCUCCUCUUGGCCGGCCUUAUCGGCUUGGCGAUCUUGGCCACAGUUGCGGCGGAAGUAGCAAAUUCAUUGCCUAAUGAGAUGAUGACCAUUCACAAAGUCGGUCGUAAAAGGAUUCCCGUCCGAGUGAUCAUCAAUCACGAGGAAGAAACAAUUUGGUCCAUCCCAGUCACGAAAGGAGAACAUCACGAAUUGGAAACACUUUACGAUUUCAAAGCCGGAAUUGCAAUUUACCGGGCAGAGGGAGACAAGAUCUGCUACGUCGAACAGUUGGUCGACUUGAGUUUCGAUCAAGUCCUCAAGGCCGUCAAGGAUCAAUCGCUGCACGAAGUGUUUGUCCGACAGCCACCGCGCACUCUGUUUGUCGUCAAUGCCACUAUGGAACCGACCGACGAGCGAUUGAACGCCAUCUGCCAGGGGCGAGAGAUCCACAUGCUCAUAAGCGAUCCUGAACAACAAGCCACUGAAGAAAACGAAUCGGGAAAAGUGAGGUCCAAAAGAUCUCCCAACUGGCAACCGACUUCGAGUUCCGCCUGGGCCAAAGCUACCCUGGACUCGGCCGAAUCGCGUACCGAUGGAAACGGAUACGCCCAGGCUUACAGCAAUUUAGGUGAAGAUCAACAACAGUCCAGGUAUGCGCCGACCAAGAACCACAGGCGAUUGGAAGCCACCAGCGCUUCCGGCACUUUUGCUCGAAGACCAGACACGCGAUCCCUGGAAUCCGCUGGUCACACCAAUGACGCCCAACUGCAGCAAGGAAGGCAAAUGUCUCAAUUCAGUUUCCAGCAAUCGGCCGGGUUCCAGUCACCCGAGAAGGGCGUCAACAUGCCGCCGGCAUUCCCCGCCCCUUUGAUGGCCACCGGAAGCAAAGCAUUCAUGAUGCCACCACCGUCUGAACGCUCCGGCCUCUCCAACAGUUUCAGCAGUUCCAGCUCCUUCGCCAGCUCCUCCUCCAUGGGGGCGGCCGAUUUGCAAUCGAUGAUGAUGCCCGUCGGACGUCACAUCCCGCAAGGCAACAGCAAGGGACCCGGUAUGGGACCCGUGGCCUGGACUGGCCCCAUUCCUCGUGACGCCACCGUCACCCAGGAGGCUGGAUCUUCCCAAUUGACUUACACGUGGAAAGUGCAGGACGCUAAUGGCUACUCGACGACUCACUGGUACACUGGACCAUUGGGACCCGACAGGACCCCCGUCCGAGUCCAAAUUCCGACUGAGCUCAACUUGGCUGCCCCAAGUUCCAUUUUGGGUGGUGGUCGUCGUCCAGUUGGUUCCUGGACUGGCCCCAUUCCACGUGAUGCCACCGUCACCCAAACGGCCGGCUCGACUCAAAAGACUUACACCUGGAAGGUGACGGACGCCAACGGCUACACCACCACUCAUUGGUAUUCGGGACCUUUGGGACCCGACCGAGUCCCCAUUUCAUUGGGUUUCGAUUCCGACAUGACCGCAGCCAUUCCCCAACAACCACAACAACCGCAACACCCGCAACAACCCGCACAACCGGCUCACCGACGAGUAGCCGAAUCUCGAACUGUCCAACAGCAACAACAACAACAACAAUCGAUCAUUCAACAACAGCAGCAACAGCAAUCGAUUGUUCAACAACAACAGCGAGUCAGCCAAACACAACAACAACCACAACAACCACAACAGCCCCGCCGCGUCGUUUACCAGCAGCCCCAACAGCCCCAGCAGCCGCAACAACCUCAACCCGAUUUCCAGCACAUGGUCGGCCAGGUGGAAAGACAACAACCCAACCAGCAAGUGGUGCAACAACAACGCCAACAACAAUUCUCCACUUCUGAAACUGUCCACCGCGUCUCUCAGGCGCAGAAGCAGCAGGAGCAACGGAGACUGGCCCUGGAGGAGCAACAACGUCGCGUCGCUCUAGAAGAACAACAACGACAACAACAGGCCGCCCAGGAAGAAGAGGAGCGUCAACUGGAAUUGGCCCGUCAGAGGGAAGAAGAGCUGGCAGAAGAAAGGCGCCGAUUGGCUCUGGAAGAACAGGAAAGACGUUUAGCCCUGGAAGAGCAGAAACGUCGGGCCGCCCAGGAGGAACAACAACGUCGGGCCGCCGCCGAGGAGCAACAACGCCGUGAGGAACAGCAGCGCCGUGCGGCUUUGGAGGAACAACAACGCCGGGCUGCCCAGGAAGAGAAACUACGUCGUGAGGAGCAACAGCGUCGGGCCGCCAAGGAGGAACAGGAGCGCAAACAAGCGCAGAUCCGCCAACGGGAGCAACAGAUGCAACAACAACGACUGGAACAGCAGCGCGUCGAGCAGCAGCGUCGGUCGGAGCUGGAAGAAUACAACCGCCAGGAGCUGAAGCGUCAGCAAAUCAAACAGCAACAAGAAGAGGAGCACCGAUUGGCCAUGGAGGAGUACGAGAGACAACAGGAGCUGUACCACCAACAACAAGAGUCGCAGUCGACGCAGACGUCGUCCCGCCAGUCUUCUGAGCAGGUGGUCCAUCAGGAGCAAGUCUCACCUGGCGACAUGAUGGAAGAGUCGACCAUGUUGAAGAUUAUGGAGGAGCAACAACAGGAGGAGAAUCACCAGUCGGCGGCCGAGGAGGAGCACCACCACCGCGAGCAUCACUGGACAGUGGGCAACCGCAACGGCAACGGCAACGGCAACGGCCGCCAAUCGGUCACCCAGCACAAGGAGUCGCAGCAGCAGAGCAGCAGUCACGGCAGCAGCAGCAGCCUCAACAGUCAACGGGAAUUCGCCAGAAGGACCCACAGGGAUUCGACUCAAUCCUUUGUCGAUCGCGGUCAAACCAAUGGCAACGGUUUGAACGGACAUUCAGCCACCAACGGCCAUUCUGCCCCCAAUGGCCGUAACGGCCGCAAUGGCAAUGGCAAUGGCAAUGGCAAUGUACCGACGGAAGAAGCGGCUGCUCCUUGCGACAAGUGCAAGAAACUUGGCCAACUGGAAGACGACAUCAAGGAUCUGUUUAGCCGACCUUCGUUGACUACGUCGGGACGGGCCGACAUUCCCAUCGAACACGACAACGAACCCGAGCUUCAGCUGCCGGAGCCCGAGGAGCCCCAACCGGAAAUGAGAGAACCGGAAACGGAAGUUGAUUCGGGCCGACCUGGUUACGCCCCCGUUCAGCCAGUCCGUCCGGCUGAACCAGAGCCGGAGCCCUACGUUCCCGAACCUGAGCCCUAUGUUCCCGAGCCGCUGCCCGAAACGGAGCCGGCCUACGUUCCCGAGCCGAUUGACAGCGGCGCAGGCGGCGAGCCGGUCGAGUACGAAGAAACGGAUCAAAUCAUUUGCGAGGAGGACGAACAACAGAAUCCGACUGGCGAUCAGGACUACGUCGGAGGCGGAUGUGGUGGCAGCCCGUCCAUGACGGCCACUUCUUCCAUCUUUGAGCACCAGGUCUCGAUGAUCAGCGUCCCCAUUCCGGCCAUGAUUGAUCACGUGUCCAGCAGCAACAGCAAUGCUGGCUCUUUCAUGUCGACUCACCACCAAUUAAUGCAGCAGCAGCAGCAGCCCAGUCAACCCAUUCCGGCCCGUCAGCAACCCCAACCCAUUCCGGCCCGUCAACAACCCCAACCCGGUCCAGCCAUGGUUGGGCCGCAACCGAAAUUGAUGAGCGGAAGCAAACACGUGACGAGCAGCAGCUAUUCCAAGACUUAUAUUAGCAGCGGAUUCGUGCCCAUGGGCAGUCAGCCGGCCAAUGUCCAGCAGCCGACCAUCAUCAUGCCUUCCCUUCCAUCUUCUCCCGGUGGUGGUUCCAUGUCUUCUUCCAGUUCCAGCAUGUCGUCCAUGUCAUCAUCGUCCAUGUCUUCCUCCAUGUCCUCAUCCAAUAAAGGAUCGAGCGGCGGAUGCCAAGCUUCCGGCUACACUUACAAGUGCCAGAUUGUCUACGGGCCAGUCAAAAGGACGAAAAUUUGCGAAACUGUCCCCAUCGAAUCGACCGGAAGUUGCUGUUCCAUUUGCUAAAUUUUAGUUACGACAUUUUUAUUUUUCAUUUCUUAUUGUUGAUAUAAAAUUUGCAUUACUUUAAGGUUUCUCUUAUUCCUUUAAUCUAAUCUUUUUAUCUUUUUAUCUUUUACUCGCCACAUGUGUGUCACGUUAUUCAUUCAUUUCAAAUGGCCUGUCAAAAUGUGACAAAUGUCGAUGGUCGAGCGGAUCUUGUCGUCCGCCGAGUUGACUAAAUUUUUUUUAUGUAACCAGUGCACGCGAACCAUAUUUCUCCAAGAAAUCUGCCCUGUCAAGGCCUUAACAAAAAAUAUACAACUUCCGGUAA